AUGUUAGCCGAUGCAUUCGCCGCCAAUUUCACGCCGGUGGAGGACGUCGUGGAUGAAGAGCGCGUCCAUUUGGUAGAACAGCACCUUCCUGUUUACCUGACGCCCAGAGACGUGGACGACGUCAUCGAGGAAAUGACGGAGGAUGAGUUCGCGCAACAGCUCGCUCACCUGCAGACAAAGAAGACAGGAGGCAGUAGUAAUGCAGUAGUAGUUGUUGAUAGUAAUGAGAACAGAUCUGAUGAGUAUGGAUUAGUGAGAAUGUUGAGUGUCUGUGAAAUGAGUGAAAAAGCUGAUACUGGUGCUGUAUGUGUGGAAGCUGAUGUUAAUGUGAUUGGCAAUGGAAGUGAGAAUGCCAGAGUAAUUCCAGAUGAAAUUGCAGUAGAUAAUAGACAGGAAAAUGAAGAUGUGGUAGAACAGAAUGAUGAUGAUGAUGAUGAUGAUGAUGAUAAUGAUGUUGAUGAUGAUAUAUUACUUACAGAAUUAGAUGGGAUGGUAUAUGUAGAAGUUAAAGUUGAUGAUUUGGUGCUGAAUAAUUCUGGAAAUUCUGGUGUGUGUUCAAGUAAUGAGUUAUAA